AUGGAUUCUACGCCUCAAUCUCCUACAGUUAAUUGUAGAUUCACUUUUGAUAACGUAAGAAAUUGGAAAUAUGAUCAAGUAGCUUGUUGGCUGCAAGAAAAUAAUUUUCGGGAAUAUCAAAAGGUAUUUUCAGAUAACGAUAUAAACGGAGAUGUCCUAUUAGAAUUAGACCAUGAGAUCCUCAAAGAAUUGAGGAUCAGAUCAAUUGGUGAACGCGUUAGGAUCCUUUUAGCAGUCAAAACUUUGCUAAAGUGCUGCGUAGGAAAUACUGCUCCUUAUGUUCAUUCUAUCAAAUAUUAUGUACCAAAGCAACAUGAAGCAUCAAACUCAUUAGAAAGCGUUAAACAGCGUGUCAUCAAAGUUAUCGGUGAAGAUGGUGCAACGCGAACUAUUUAUAUUAAUAAUGUAACCGAUGCUAAAUCUAUUUUAGCACGAGUUUUACAAAAGUUUAAUAUUAAUGAUGAUGUUGAAAAAUAUUCGUUGUUUACUACUUUGAGUGAUUCGGGUUCAGCUCGAAGCUUAUCUGAUGAAGAAUUAGUGAAAAUUUGUAGAAGUUCAGAUAGACCGGAAAGAGAUAGACUUAUUUUACGCAAGAAACAUGUGCACAUGAAUUUUGACCAAUUAAAACGUCAGAUGAGAGAUAAAAAAUUAGAAAAUUUCUUUGGAGAAAAACCUCCAACAUCAUCACAAGUUGGAAUGUCACAAAAAAAAUUAAGAAAUUUUUUUGGUCAACGUCCACCUUCAGAACUUAUUUCAUUAAAUCUUACGGAAUACUUUCCUGGACAUAAUAGUGAAGAAUUAGAACGAAGUUGUAGAAAUUCUGUUAGAAGGGCAUCAAGACUUUCCUCCGUUUCUAAAUUUUCUAGACGUAAAUCGAAAAGGAUGUCUUAUUUAUAUGAUGAUGACAAAGCUGAUACUUUUCUAUCACCUAUGGAUUAUUCAGAAACAGCAAUUAGGGUGAUGCCAUUAAAUUCUUUCAAUUUAUUUAAUAUAGGUGGAGAUUUUCAAGUUUUCAAAUGGAUGCAGGGCGCUUUGAUCGGAAUGGGAUCUUUUAGUAGUGUGUACUUAGGACUUAAUGCGAUUACCGGAGAAUUAAUGGCUGUCAAGCAAGUUGAAUUACCUACAGGACAAUCUGCAAAUGAGGAGAGAAAGAAAUCUAUGUUAGAUGCUUUACAAAGAGAAAUUACUCUUUUAAAGGAUUUACAUCAUGAAAAUAUCGUGCAAUACCUUGGUGGAUCAGUUGCAACUAUGCUUAAUAAUUAUGGUCCAUUAGAAGAAACAUUGGUUAGGUCAUUUAACAGGCAAAUUUUACAAGGAUUGAACUACCUUCAUGAGAAGGAUAUUAUUCAUCGUGAUAUCAAAGGUGCUAACAUUUUAGUUGACAAUAAGGGAGGUAUCAAAAUAUCAGAUUUUGGUAUUUCAAAAAAAGUUGAAGAUCAAAUUAUGGCAAAUACAUCCGUAAGUAGACCUUCAUUACAAGGUUCAGUAUUUUGGAUGGCUCCAGAAGUUGUUAAACAAACUCCUUAUACAAGCAAAGCAGAUAUAUGGAGUUUAGGAUGUUUAAUCGUAGAAAUGUUCACAGGAGAUCACCCAUUCCCUGAAUUUAAUCAAAUGCAGGCCAUGUUUAAGAUUGGAUCCCAAUCAUGUUCACCUGAAAUACCAGAAGGUGUAUCAAAUGAGACAAGAGAGUUUUUGAAAAAGACUUUUGAAUUGAAUCAUAAUAAUAGACCUACAGCUAAAGCAUUAUUAUCACAUCCAUUUGCUUUAUCAACUUCAUUUAAAUCAAAUACAUAA